AUGGAAAGUGGGAGUCUAUUUCGUGUUUUGAGAAAUGAUGUUGAUCGGCACCGAAUAGUCAAUGUCAUCUUACUUCCGCCUUGCUGCGCUCAACCAAUCUUUUUCGUCCGAAGUGGAUUUUUCAAGAAUUCUCUGUUCAAGACACCAAAAGAAGCGCUCAUUCUUCCUCUGCAAGGACAAGAAUUCGAGCUCAGCAGCAGCUGUUCAUCCCCCGACUUCGAAGCAAUCUUUGGGGAGCCCAAAGUGGAAUGGUCGAACCGAGCAGGCCAUCCGCUGCGGCGGUUCUUGUAUUACGUCCACGCUCCGGACCCUUCUCACCUCAGGAUCCACGUCACCGACUUUCACUCCAAUGCUUGGGAGGCCCUUCGUUCUGUUCAUGAGCUCGAGGACAUGAGGGACAGCAUUGGGAUUGGUGGCUCUUGGUCCGAGUUCAUUGACUAUUUUGUGGCUUCAAUAAAGUCUGAAGAUGUAAAACUUGUUCUGCAUGGACAGUCGGAUUCAGGUGGGGCUACAUCUGCAAAGUUAGUUGCUCAGAAAGCCAAAGGAAUGCCAUUAAUUUUUGUAGCUCUUGUAAAACUUGUGGAUUUUGCUGCAAGGGAGGUGAUAGGCAACCUGUCAAUGCAGCUAUUCAUGGCAUUCAAGAACACUCAGACUUCACUUGCAGAAGAACGAGAACGCUAUCUUCAGUUCACAAAGCUUGUAACUGCUGAAAAGGAGAAGAAUGAGAGCAUCGAGAACAAACUUGAGUCAUUUUCGAAGAGGCAGAAGUUGCCCAUAACAAGUGCUUUGGCCAUGUCAGAUGCUUCAAACCCUUCUACAGAGAAAGAAGUAGCACAAGAUGCAAGCUCUACAAGAGUUACUAAUCGUGUUGUCCCGGCACAUCGGAGGUCAAAAGUAAGGGGUGUGCUCCUGCAAAAUCCUGAAGAUGAAUAGCUAGACAUUGGGGCUCAUCUUUCAAGAUGGUUUACUUUAUUCUGCAAUUACAACAACAGGUGUUGGAAUCAGGAGCAAGAUGUUGCACCCAAACCCUAGGAUAAACUCUUAGUUUUUUUUUUUUUUUUUUUCAAGUUAUAGUGUGAAGUCUGUACAUGUUUGUGAAAUCUGAUUGAGCUGGUAUAUAUUCUUGCCUAGAAGGUCUGGCAUUUCACGGUGUAUGGGUUUCUGCUAACUGGAAGGGAAGUCAUCAUUUGCUUAAGUUUUUUAUUUGCAAUAUGUAAUGUAUUGGUGAAUUACAUUGGGAGAGUCUGCAUCAUUUUAGUAAAUGCUUGCUAAAUUUCCA